CGCGAAAGAAGUCAGCAGUUGUGUAGUGUAGAACAUCACUAAUAGGGAUUAGAGUAAAACUAACGGACUACACUGAACUCGGUUCUGAACUCGCGCACGCGCUCGGCUUACGCGCGUUCUCUGAAGAGUCGCUUCUUCCUACAGGCAGGAUCCGUUAGGAAGGAUUAAGUAGGAAUAUCAGUUAAAAAGUGCAUCUGUAACCCUGAGAACUGGAGAAGUAACUUGUUUUGCGCCAUGUAAAGUGCAUUUGCUGUUGAACGUGGGAUGGCGCUCAUCUCCGCCCUUCUUCCUCUCCUCCUGCUGGGGAUUUCAGGAGUUGCAGCAUUGUGUGGACCCUAUCCCUGCUUCUCUUCCAAUGAUACCGUGUUCCAGCACCUGGCCCUGCACCCCGAUCCAGCUGUAGGUACACUGUACAUUGGUGCACGAGACCGCCUUUACCAGCUGGCUGGUCUGGAUCGCUUGCGUUUGGAGGUGGAAGUGCAAACAGGCCCUGUAAGAGACAGUAAGGAUUGUCUUCCCCCUGUAACUACAGAGAACUGUCCCCAAGCCAAGCAAGUGAGUAACCACAAUAAGCUGCUGCUGGUGGAUCCCUUUUCUCUCCAGCUCAUUUCCUGUGGCAGUAUCCACCAGGGUACAUGUCAAAAGCGCAGUCUAGCCAGCAUCAGUCAAGUUUUAUUUUCGGCUGAAAGACCUAUGGACACGCAGUACGUGGCUGCAAAUGACCCAACCGUCACUACUGUUGGACUUGUGGCAAGGCCUAAAGAUGCUCUGCCACUCCUCUAUGUAGGAAGAGGCUACGUUGGAAGGGUCAGUCACCCACCAAUCUCCACUCGCCAGCUUUCCAAUGAGCCUGUGUUUUCUUAUGAGGAGACGGCUAAACUGGCUGUGGCCAGUCGCCUUUCAGAUUAUGACCACAAUUUUAUAUCAGCGUUUGCACGCCGCAACCACAUCUACUUUCUUUUCUACAGGCGUGACCUCAAAGCCAACGCCUGGGAGUAUAGAACGUAUGUUGCCCGGGUGUGCCUGGGUGAUCAGGCGUACUAUUCCUACAUCGAAGUUCCGCUGGAAUGUCACUCCAAGUCCAACUUGACUGAAAAAACCUACAACCUUCUCCAGGGGGCACAGGUUGGUGGGGAGGAAUUGCAUAAUGAGCAGUUCCUUGUGGCUGUGUUUUCAACUGCGCUGAACGGGGCCAGCAAGCCGAGUGAAGAAUCUGCACUUUGCAUUUACAGUUUAGAUAACAUAGAUCAGCGGAUAGAUGCCACAAGGGACCUGUGCUACACAAAAGAUGGACAGAGGGAGGGCAGCAAGGUAGCAUAUAUUGAGUAUGAUGUUAAAUCCAGCUGUGCCAACCUACCCACGAACACACUAAAAACCUACCCCUGCGGUGCAGACCACACUCCCAGUCCAAUGGCCAGCCGGGAGCCUGAGAAAGCUACGGCAGUAUUAGAGAGGCAGUCUGCUCGUUUCACAGCUGUGGCUGUAAGUGUGAGAGAAGGACACUCCAUUGCUUAUCUGGGAGACUACGAAGGAUAUUUGCACAAGGUAUUCCUGGGGAAAUGGAACACUAGUGAAGUGAAGACCUACUCGAGUCUUUCCAUUCAUCCGGGUUCAGCUAUCAACAGAGACCUGUUACUUGACUCCUCUCAGAGAUAUCUUUACAUAAUGACUAGCAGCAUGGUAGAAAAAAGACCAGUGGCAGAGUGUGAUAUACACACAAAUUGUCAGUCCUGUCUUGCAGCUCGAGAUCCUUACUGUGGUUGGUGUGUCCUGGAGGGCAAGUGUGGCAUGCUUUCUGACUGUAGCCGAGGCUCAAGAGAAGGCCACUGGCUGUGGAGUUUUAAUGAGGAGCAAACGUGUUUAAGGGUGGAGUCAGUGAGCCAGUCCAACAUCAGUCUUGGGGAACAAAAAGAUGUGGCUUUAGAAGUGCCAGGCCUGCCCAGCCUUUCUGAAGGAGAAGCAUACACCUGUUUUUUUGAGGAGACACAAAGUGAAUUGAUUGUCAGUGGAACUACAGUCACCUGCUCCACUCCCCCAGCCUAUCUGGUACCUCCUGUGCUUCAUGGACAGGAUUCUGUGUCAGUCACUCUAUCUGUACGCUUCCUGAAUGUGACUGUGGCAGUUCAGGACUUCACAUUCUAUGACUGUUCUCUUGUGCAGCAACUAUCUGGCACCAUGCCAUGUGUAGGGUGUGUGAGUAGUCACUGGAGAUGUAACUGGUGCAUACACCAGCAUCUGUGCACACAUAAAGCCAAGUGUGACAGAGGAGUUAUCAUUUAUAACCAGCAUGAUGAUCAGGAGUCACUGAUGACCAGAGGUGCAAACUCUUGUCCAUGUGUGGACAACGUUCAAGGUUCCUCGCUCCUACCUGUAAACAUUGAGAGCAAGAUAACAUUGGUAGGACGUAACCUGCACCUUGAUCAGAUGGAUUACGAGUGUGUACUGACGAUCGAUGGCAAGUCCAUAGUAGUGGCAGCAUUUGUUGAGAAGGAUAAUUCACAGCCCCAUUUAUUUUAUAUCACCUGCCAACUGCAUAAGUAUUCCUACUCUGUAGUUGUGGAAGAAUACAGAGCAGCAAUCACAGUCAGAAGACAAGGGUCUUUUCAGAUAGACAGUCCUCAGGAUUUGCACUUGAGGUUGUACAAUUGCUCGGUGGGCCGUUCAGACUGCAGCCGCUGUCACACUGCAGAUUUAGAUUAUGGCUGUGUGUGGUGUGAAGGAAGUCAGUCUAGUUGCGUCUUUCGCGACUCCUGCAAGGACCAAGUCCAGCAUACCUGCCCUGCACCCCAUAUAUACUUGAUAGAGCCUCUGUCUGGUCCAGUGGAGGGGGGUACUGUGAUCACUAUCUUUGGAUCAAACCUGGGACAGAGGGCUGAAGACAUUCAGAACUCUGUCGACGUUGCUGGAGUUCCGUGCACGGUUAUCCCUGGCAGAUAUGAAGUUUCCUCUCGUAUUGUCUGUAAGACAAGAUCAAGUGGAGGUGAGAAAAAAGGACAAGUUUCAGUGGAGGUUAAAGGAGGAGGAAUUGGACAGUCUGUCCAGCACUUUCGCUACCAGGACCCAGUGCUACUUAAAAUGUCCCCAAUGAGGGGUCCAGUGUCAGGAGGGACAUCGGUCAUCAUCAUGGGUAGGGGACUUCGUACAGGCCAUCCGAAUGAGAUCAAGAUCCUGAUUGGUGGAGUACCUUGUGUUAUCUCUUCCAAACUGGACGAUGAACAAAUUGAAUGUGUGACCAGUAGCAGUAACAGAACUGGAGAGCAUCGAGUGACUGUGUGGUUUGGUAGUGCACAGCGCCAUCUACUGAAAUCUCUGUAUUACUACACUCCAGAUCCCAACAUCACCACUGCCGUGCCUUCUAAAAGCUUUCUCAGUGGUGGUCGUGUGAUUCGAGUUACUGGUCAGAACCUGGAUGUUGUCCAGGACCCUUGCAUUCGAGUGACCCUGAGCCCUCUGGAACCACCAUUUCGGGGGAAGAAAAGGAAGAAGAGGAAGAGCAAGGGGCACUUUGGAAGAGAGGACAGACUCUAUAGACAACGACGAAUAGUUCCAGAAGCAGGCUGUUCUGAAGACAGCAUAUGUAUUGUGAAGCAGGUGGAGGAGCACUGUGAAAUUGACAGCUCCACUCUGCUCCUUUGCCCCACGCCAAUGCUUGGUCCUGAGGCUCGCCAUGCUGACAUCAGUGUCCAGUUCCUGCUAGACAACCUCAGCUUUGACUUUGAGGAGGUCACCAGCAGCCCUUUCACCUAUGAGCUAAACCCCACUCUCCACCCACUGAACCAAGAAGACCCCAGCAAACCCUACCUUCACAAACCUGGCAGCAUCAUCUCUGUUGAGGGAGAGAAUUUGGACUUGGCCAUUUACAAGGAGGAGGUGCUAGCACUGAUAGGAGAUGGGGUGUGUGCAGUAAAGACCCUCACCAGAAACCACUUAUACUGUGAGCCUCCUACCCAUCAGCCCUCGGUGCCCACCAAGAAACGGGAGGGCACAGACGUUCUGCCAGAGUUCACUGUUCGAAUGGGGAAUCUUAACUUCUCCCUUGGAAGGGUUGAGUAUGACCUACAGGGCCAGGCCAUGUUCCCUCUGGAGGCUCAGGUCGGCGUUGGAGUCGGUGCCUCCAUCGUAGCUCUCAUCGUUUUGGUCAUUGUGCUUGUAUACAGGAGAAAGAGUAAACAGGCUCUGAGGGAUUAUAAGAAAGUUCAGAUUCAGCUGGAGAAUCUGGAAACCAGUGUGAGAGAUCGCUGCAAGAAGGAGUUCACAGACCUAAUGACUGAGAUGAUGGACAUGUCCAGUGACUUGGUGGGCUCAGGGAUUCCUUUCCUGGACUAUCGCAACUAUGCAGAGAGGAUUUUCUUUCCCGGGCACCAAGAGUCACCACUGAGACGGGAUCUGGAUGUGCCAGCUUGUCGUCGGGCAACAGUCGAAUUGGGCCUCACUCAGCUGUCCAAUCUACUGAACAGCAAACUUUUUCUUAUCAAGUUCAUUCACACCCUGGAGGGCCAGAGGACGUUCUCUCCUCGGGACCGUGCAUAUGUGGCCUCCCUCCUCACGGUGGCGCUGCACGGAAAGCUGGAGUAUUUUACUGACAUUCUGAAAACCCUGUUGAGCCACUUGGUGGAGCAGUACACCACCAAGAACCCCAAACUCAUGCUGCGCAGAACUGAGUCAGUGGUGGAGAAGCUGCUUACCAACUGGAUGUCCAUCUGUCUUUAUUCCUUCCUGAGAGACGCAGCAGGAGAACCCUUCUAUAUGCUAUUUCGAGCCAUAAAACACCAGGUAGACAAGGGACCUGUUGAUGCUGUUACUGGCAAAGCCAAAUACACACUCAACGACAACCGGCUGCUGCGUGAGGAUGUGGAAUACCACACACUGACCUUAAAUGUUCUGGUGAACAGUGGAGAUGAUAGUGAGUCCCAGACAGUUCCUACAAAAGUCCUGGAUUGUGACACUAUCACACAGGUGAAGGAGAAGAUUCUGGAGCAGACGUGGAAGGGCACAUCAUACUCUCAAAGACCUUCUACAGAUUCAGUGCAUCUAGAGUGGAGAGCUGGAAUGGCGGGUCAUCUGAUCUUGUCUGAUGAAGACUUGACCUCAGUGGUUCAAGGAUCUUGGAAACGUCUAAACACUUUACAACAUUACAAGGUUCCUGACGGUGCCACAGUAACACUGGUGUCACGUCAGUGCAAACAAAUCCAACACGACAACCAAGAUUACAUACCAGGAGAAAAGACUCCAAUGUUGGAAGAGGGAGAGGAUGAAGGUAUGAGACUGUGGCACCUGGUGAAAUCCAGUGAGGAGCCAGAGUUUUCCAAACACAGGCGAGAGAGUGUUCGAGAGCGAGAAAGAGCCAAGGCUAUACCAGAGAUCUACCUCACUCGCCUGCUGUCUAUGAAAGGUACACUGCAGAAGUUUGUAGACGACUUGUUUACAGUGAUUCUUAGCACAAGUCACCCAGUUCCUCUGGCUGUAAAAUAUUUCUUUGAUCUACUGGAUGACCAAGCAGCACAACACAAUAUUAAUGACCCAGAAACCAUCCACAUCUGGAAGACAAACAGCCUACCACUGAGGUUCUGGAUCAAUAUUCUAAAGAAUCCACAUUUCAUAUUUGAUGUUCAGACUUCAGACAAUGUGGAUGCAGUGCUGUCUGUUAUUGCGCAGACAUUUAUGGACUCCUGCACCAUUGCUGAACACAAACUUGGCAGGGACUCUCCUAUCAACAAACUGCUGUAUGCUCGGGACAUCCCACGCUACAAACAGAUGGUGGAGAGAUAUUAUGCAGAUAUAAAGCAGACCAUUUCUACUAGUGACCAAGACAUGAACUCUGUCCUGGCAGAGCUGUCCAGGAAUUAUUCCAGUGAGGUGAAUCACCUAGUGGCCUUACAUGAGUUAUACAAGUACAUCAACAAAUAUUAUGAUCAGAUAAUUUCUGCUCUAGAGGAGGACUCAACUGCGCAGAAGAUGCAGUUGGGUUACAGGCUUCAGCAGAUAGCAGCAGCUGUGGAGAAUAAAGUUACUGAUCUUUGACCUGCAGACUCAAAGAAAAUAUGAUGAUGGUGAGAUGGAAUUAGAGUCAAGGACAAGGCUCAGACUUCCUGAGGCACACACAGAAGUGUUUGCUGGAUAAAAUGAUCUGUGCCUGGGACUAUUGUGUGGGGUCCUUUAUAAUGGACAGUGAAUUACUGCACUCACCUGUCCAACUAUGU